AUGUCACUGAGGCCCUUGUCCCUGAGAUCGAUCAACGGACUCGGACGAGCCCGACGAGGGUUUUCCACCACAACCCCUGCGCGAGCUGACUUUACCCAUGUCGUCGUUGGCGGCGGCGCGGUAGGCCUCGCAACAGCGCGCGCCCUCGCCCAGCGCCCGGGGACGUCGACGGUCCUUCUGGAGCGCCACGGCGCCGUCGGCACGGAGACGUCGUCGCGCAACAGCGAGGUCAUCCACGCCGGCAUCUACUACGGCGCCGGCACGCUCAAGACGUCCCUCUGCAUCCGCGGCAAGGAGCUGCUGUACGCCUUCUGCCGCGAGCGCGGCGUCGGGCACGCCAACACGGGCAAGUGGAUCGUCGCGCAGACGGCAGCCCAACGCGAGGCCCUCGAGCGUGUGCACAACUUCUGCAAGCACAAGAUCCACGUGCCUGUGCGCUGGGUCGGCGCUGAGGAGGCGCGAAGGCUGGAGCCGGAAGUCAGGGCCGCGGCGGGCGUGCUCGAGAGCCCGACGACAGGCAUCGUGGACUCGCAUGGCCUGAUGGUGGCGCUGACGGGCCUGUUCGAGGACGCGGGCGGCGUCGUGGCGCUGAGCUCCGCCGUGACGGCGGUGACGCCGCUUGGAGACAGGGGCAGCGCCGGGUGGGAGGUGCGCGUCCGCGACCCGGCCACGGGGGAGGAGAGCGCCGUCACGGCCGAGGUACUGGUCAACGCCGCAGGGCUGGGCGCCGUCGACGUGCACAACAUGAUCGUUCCCGCGCAGGAGCGGCGCGCCAUGUACUACGCCAAGGGCAACUACUUCUCGUGCGCGGGAUCGGCGCCCAAGGUUGGCAGGCUCAUCUACCCGGCGCCCGAGCCCGGCGCUGGCGGGCUGGGCACCCAUCUGACGCUGGAUCUCGCGGGCCGCGUGCGCUUCGGCCCGGACGUGGAAUGGGUCGAUUCGCCUGAUGACCUGGCUGUCAAUGGCGCGAGGUUGCCGGGCGCCGUCGAGGCCAUCAAGAAGUACCUGCCGGACCUUGACGAGAGUUGUCUAGUGCCCGACUACGCCGGUAUCCGGCCGAAGCUGGAGAAGCUUGGGGCCGUCGCACAUGGGACGGGGUUCCACGACUUCAUCAUUAGGAAGGAGGACGACUACGAGGGAUGGGUCAACCUGCUGGGUAUCGAGAGCCCUGGGCUGACGAGCUGUCUGGCAAUCGCGGAACGGGUCGAUGAGAUACUGUAUGCUUGA